CAUGGUUAUAAAGCUAAAUAGUUUGCUGUUUGAUCCAAGCUAUUUGGGCAAAAAACAACAAAGAUGGUUAUUUGUUUUACUUGUUAGACUACAUGGCAACCAAUGCGGCCAACCAAACGCCUGUUUUUUCGCAUUGAAAUACUUACUGCGAUAUCUUUAUGAUGUUUGGAGAUGAUAUAGUCCGCUCUUUAUUUAAUACGUCAUUUUUUGAACCAUCGGUUGGCUUGCAACAGUCACGUCUUCGUCCGAAUCAUGGGCGGGAAACGUCCAAUUUCCUUGAGCGAUGCUCAAUCCACCCAGCACGCGACGUGUUUACAGAAGUUUCAAGGGCUAUAGACAACGUCUUUGAAGCAGCAACAAGGUCAAUGUUUAACGAAGCGGAGAUGUUCUCAAGGCAUUUUGGUCAUGGUUUUUUAAGGGAUUUACCUCAUAUUCCACCGGGUCGGCGCACCACCGGACUUGGUGAGACAGCAAAUAGGUUAACUGACGGAACCGUCAUGCGAUCUGCCAGACACACAAAUAAUGAACCUGUUCAUAUGGAACGCUCUCGAUUACAAUGGUACGAUUCCAACACACGUCGAGCGCUGGUCCCGCCCCCUGCACCAACUCGAGGUCAGCCCUGUGGUCGACUAACAGAUGCCGAACUGUCAAAGCUGCCGCUCAGUGUGUACCGUAUUCGACCCAAGGGGCAACAGGACUCCGACGGAGGGGCUAAAGGACGCUCUGCUUUUCAGCCUACGAUUGAAUCUUCACCCAUUCCAGUAGCUCAUGGGAACAACAGCAGUUUGAUCUGUUCCCCCGGAUCAGCCUAUCUUCAACCUGUUUCGAGGACCCAGGGGUUGGUGGAAAUUCAACCAAUUUUGUCCUCACCCGCAAGAGGCCAACCGGAAUGCGAAGUUUGCUUGACGGAGUAUCGCGAAAAGGAUCAACUACGACAUCUACCCUGCGGACAUGCGUUCCAUUCGAAAUGCAUUGACGCCUGGUUUAUGCAAUCAAGUACCUGUCCAAAGUGCCGCGCAGGUGUGCGUACAGGUCUGAAACGACUCGAACGGAACUGUCAGCGUACGCAAUCGGUCAACAGAAGCACCGGGGGUGCACCUGUGAGGGCCAUUCGGCAACGCUCAACCACAGUGGUACGAGCCCCAAGUGGAAAAGUGAGUGGUCCGUCUCCUUUACUGUCCGAUCUGUACAGUAGAACAACCGUUUUAUACGAGUAA